UCAGUCACUCACCUCACCGAUCUCUGGUACUGGAAGCAGUGUUUUUAAGAUCAGGGUGAAACGCAUUAGUGGCCAGUUUACCCAUGAAUGAUGGAGGACCUGCGAGACCAAGACGUGUGGGUGAUGAUGAACGAUUCAUGGACCAACUCGAGUCGCGGUGGAAACGAGACCGGUACCAGGAACCAGACCGGCGUGAACCCCCUGAAGCGGAACGAGGAGGUGGCCAAAGUGGAGGUGACCGUUCUUGUCCUAGUCCUGCUGCUCGCGCUGGUCGGUAACCUUUGCGUCCUCUUGGCUAUCCACACGAGCAAGCACAGCCACUCUCGGAUGUACUACUUCAUGAAACACCUCAGUAUUGCGGACCUGGUGGUGGCAAUCUUCCAGGUCCUCCCGCAGCUCAUUUGGGACAUUACAUUCCGCUUCUACGGGUCGGAUUUACUGUGCAGGCUGGUGAAGUACCUACAGGUUGUCGGGAUGUUCGCGUCCACCUACAUGCUUGUUCUAAUGUCCAUAGAUAGAUGCUUGGCGAUAUGUCAGCCCCUCCGCUCUCUGCACAAGAGGAAGGACCGUUUUUAUGUGAUUGCCUCUUGGAUGCUUAGUCUGGUUUUCAGUACCCCUCAAGUGUAUAUAUUUUCCUUGAGGGAGGUGGGAAACGGAGUUUAUGACUGUUGGGGAGACUUCGUGCAACCCUGGGGCGCCAAGGCGUACAUUACAUGGAUUAGUCUUACAAUCUACAUCAUUCCAGUGGCUAUCCUAAGUGUUUGCUAUGGCCUGAUAAGUUUUAAAAUAUGGCAAAACUUUAAAAUGAAAACCAGACGGGAUCAGUGUAUGUCUCUGACGCCGCGGGCGUCUAAAGGCGCAGCGCUCUCUCGGGUGAGCAGCGUGAGGCUCAUAUCAAAAGCGAAGAUCCGAACUGUCAAAAUGACUUUUGUCAUAGUCGUAGCUUAUAUUGUUUGUUGGACUCCUUUUUUCUUCGUACAAAUGUGGUCGGCAUGGGACCCUGCUGCGCCCAGAGAAGACAUGGCGUUCAUCAUUGCCAUGCUGCUGGCAAGUCUGAACAGCUGCUGUAACCCGUGGAUCUAUAUGUUCUUCGCUGGCCACCUGUUCCACGACCUGAUGAGGUGCUUCAUCUGCUGCUCCUCACUGUACCUGAAGGCCUCACAGUGCGGAGGGUGUGACCGCCAGCAGAGCCGCAGGAGCAUCUCCACCCCCACCUACGUCAUCAAGAACCAUAGUAGUCAGAGGAGCAUCACUCAGACCACCAGCACAUGAGGAGUGAGGACCAUGGAGGAGAUGAGUGGGGGUGGGACAGGAACUCGCUACUCCCGAAAGCCCUUCUUCAUACCAGUCAGAGAGGGGGUUGCAUGGUGAAGACUUAGAUCUUCACCAUGCAAGGCUUGUGCAGCUAAGUGCAUCGUUAGAUGCUUUUUUUGCCCCUUUAUUCACAGGAUAUCUUAGCUAAACAUAGAAUCAAGAUGUUUAGGCUAUCUGUCUGACUGUGACCGCGAUAACUUCAGAACGAAGUUGAAUACAAAUAUAAAGUUGCCCAAGUAUUUUCAAUUGUUACAAGUGAAGGAUAAAACGAUUCUUCAAAUGAAAACCGAGAUGACUGCAUUGAAAGAUAAAUAAGCUAUAUGGGCCAAUACUGUGCCUUCAGAAAGUAUUCACACCCCUUGAC